GUAGUCUCUCCAUACCCUCUCUCUCUCUCUCUCUCUCUCUCUCCCCCCCCUUUCUCUUACAGCACCAAGCACUAAACUCGCAAAAUUUCCUCUAUUUUCUCAGCAAAAAAACACUAAAAUUUUCUUUCCUUGACAUUUCCGAGAAAGUUCGAAUCCAUGUCGGAUUCAGAUACUGAAACGAACAUCACCGCCAACCACUACAACUCUCUCCCUCACAAACUAGCCUCACAAACGCCAUUUUUGAAUCUUAAACUCUAUGUCUUAAUCGCAAUUCUCUUACUCUGUAUCCUCUUGGUUUCUUUUUCAAUAUUCCUCUGUGUUCGUUUACGCCGCGCGGCUAGAAAACGCAAUAAAAUGAGAGUGAAACACAGUUCGGGUUCGAUCCCUUUAGUGUCUAAAGAAAUUGUGGAGAUUAAAGAUUUGGUUUUGAAAAAUAAAGAGAAAGAUGAGGGGAAAAUGGGAAAUGUGGGUUUCGUAAAGAUGGAGAAUGUUGGUGGUGGUGGUGAUCUGGAGAUGGGAAAGAAGAGUGGAGAGAGUGGUUGUAGUACUGACGACGUUUCGUCGGUGGAUGAAAACAUAGGAUGGGGUCGGUGGCAUAGUUUGAAAGAGCUUGAGAUCGCGACACGUGGAUUUGCUGAAGAAAAUGUGAUUGGUGAAGGAGGGUAUGGUGUUGUUUAUAGAGGUGUUUUGCAAGGUGGGUCUGUGGUUGCUGUCAAGAAUUUACUUAAUAAUAAGGGUCAGGCGGAGAAGGAGUUUAAGGUGGAAGUUGAAGCCAUUGGAAAAGUAAGACAUAAGAACUUAGUGCGGCUAAUUGGGUACUGUGCAGAAGGUGCUCGCAGGAUGCUUGUUUAUGAAUAUGUUGACAAUGGAAACUUGGAGCAAUGGUUACAUGGUGAUGUAGGUCCUGUUAGUCCUCUGACCUGGGAUAUUCGAAUGAAGAUUGCAAUUGGGACAGCAAAAGGGCUAGCCUAUUUACAUGAAGGUUUAGAACCUAAAGUUGUUCACCGGGAUGUAAAAUCCAGUAACAUACUUCUCGAUAGAAAAUGGAACCCCAAGGUCUCAGAUUUUGGAUUGGCCAAGCUCUUGGGUUCUGAAGCAAGCUAUGUGACUACACGUGUCAUGGGGACAUUUGGAUAUGUAUCUCCGGAUUAUGCAAGCACGGGUAUGCUUAACGAGGGGAGUGAUGUAUACAGUUUUGGAAUUCUUCUUAUGGAGAUGAUUACUGGAAGGAGUCCUAUUGAUUACUCCAGACCAGCUGGAGAGAUGAACUUGGUUGAUUGGUUCAAAGGAAUGGUAGCAAGCCGUCGUGCAGAAGAGCUUGUAGAUCCCCUCAUUGAAGUGCAGCCUGCUCCAAGGGCUUUGAAACGAACAUUGCUGGUCUGCCUCCGGUGUAUAGAUUUAGAUUCCUGCAAGAGACCAAAAAUGGGGCAAAUUGUUCAUAUGCUUGAGGCAGACGACUUUCCUUUUCGUACUGAACUUCGAGCAGUUCGAGAGAAUGAUCCUCCACCUUCCACUGAUUCUAUCUCUGACAAAAUUCCACAUCCAACCAAGCUUGCUGGUAGUGGUGCUGAUGUAGAGAGAUCAAGGCGAAGAUGAUUGUUCACCAUCUGAAACUUAGUAGUUGCUGAAUUCAGAUUAUUUUGCAGUAUAAUUUUCCACAAAUAUACGAAGAAGUAAUUACAUGUCUUCGAUGUGCAUAUAUCAUGUUUACGCCUCCCACCUACCUGGUUGUCUUUCUUUGCUGAUAUAUUGCAGCAAGUAAUUAAGUGAGCUUUGUAAAUAUUGACAUGUUGACAAGUGAUUUGCAACCUGCUUGAUGUGAAUGACAUCGUGGAAUGUUGGAUGAA